AUGGACGAUAGUUCUCAAAAUGUUAUUCCUGUGGCAAGAGUAAAAAAGGGAAAUAAAUGGAUUGUAGUUACUAGUGUGAAUCAUCCAACAGAAGAUGUGAAGAGACUAUCGUCCUUUAGAGACUGGAAUUUGGUGGUUGUUGCUGAUACAAAAACACCUAUUGACUGGGAACUAGAAGAUGUUCAUUUUUUAUCAGUUGAAUAUCAGAAGACUCUACCAUUUUCUCUUGUAUCUUCUCUUCCAUACAAAUCUUAUACAAGAAAAAAUAUUGGAUAUUUAUACGCGAUUUCUCAAGGAGCUGAGUGGAUUUAUGACACGGAUGAUGAUAACAAACCUUAUGGACUUGGACUAAAUCAGUUUCAAUUCGAAGAUGUUGUAUCUGGAGUUCGCUAUCAAGUUAAAAAUUCAAGUGAAAGGAUCAUACUCCUCCACGCUGAUUCAACUAGUGGGUUAGACAUCAAAUUUAAUAAGUUUGCACCUCCUAUAACUCUGUCAGUUGGAAGGUAUUCUCCAUGGAAUUCUCAGAAUACUCUUUUCCAUAAAACAGCGUUUCAUACGCUCUUCUUACCAACUACUGUUUCUUUCAGAACAACUGAUAUUUGGAGAUCAUUUAUUUCCCAAAGAAUCGUUCAUUUAUCUGGAUUAACUGUUUCAUUUGUACCCACAAAUGCAGUUCAAUUCAGAAAUGCACACGAUUAUUUGAAACAUUUCAAAGAUGAGAAACAAGUUUAUGAGGAUGCGGGCAAAAUGAUUGAGUUUCUGGAUAAUUGGAAUUGUUCAAUGAGAGUAAAUGUAGAAGAUUGUAUGACUUUAUUAGCGGAAGUAUUGGUGAAGAAUGAUUUAUGGGGAGAAAAAGAUUCCAGAUUACUCUCAUCGUUUCUGGAAGACUUGAAGUCUUUGGGUUUUCAAUUCCCUGAAUUGAUAACAGGGAAUUAUGAAGAUCCAUACAUUUCAUCAAGUAACGAAACGGAAAGAAAUGUGAAUUGUAGAAGAAUAAAUCUGGAAUUCGAACUGGUUGAUCCGAAGAAAUCUGAAGAGGCGAGCAUCACGAUGGCUGAAAAGAAAAUUAGUUAUUUCGGAUAUUUAGAUGACUGGUGUAAUGAAACUGGAUAUUUCAAUUUAUCGAGAAGAUUCCCAUCUGCCAAGCAGCUUUCAAAAGAGCACGAUGAUUUGUUCGCUGUGAAGCAGAAUAAGAAUAGUAUUCUGAUUGUUGUAAAUAAUUAUCCGUGGAAAUACGGACUUGGAUUAAUUCAAAGACUCUAUCAACCAUACUUCGCUUCAGUUAUUUUCUGUGGUUCUUGGUAUCCUGAUCAGUUGAUUGAUCAAGAUAAUUUUACUUCAAUUAUUGACCCAAUCAAUUAUAUUCAUAUGAAUCCAGCUGAAAUUCAUGAAGGAUAUAUUGCAUAUCAUUGUGUUACUCUAGUCAAAGAAAUGCGGUUGAAUAAUGUGCGAGGGUAUUUUCUGAUGGCUGAUGACUCUGUUUUCAAUAUUUGGCAACGGAUUGAUUAUUAA